GCGUGGCCUGCUGGGCUGUCAGGUUGUGUCUUAAUAUUUAGAUGGUAAACCCUGGCCUGUGUGGCUCAGUGGGUUGGGGCAUCACCCCAUACAGGGACAGGUGGUGCCUUUGAUUCCUGAUCAGAACACAAACCUAGAUUGCUGCUUCAAUGAUUAGAUGUGGGUUGGGAAGUCUAGGAGAGGCAACUACUAGAGCUCUCUCUCUCUCUCUCUCUCUCUCUCUCUCUCUCUCUCUCUCAUUAUGUUACAAUAUCAAUCCUUCCAACCCAGGAGCACAGUGUAUCCUUUCACUCACUUGUACCCUUGUCACUUUCUUUCUUCCUUGUCUAAUCGUUUUCAGGGUAGAGCUCUUUCAACUCUUUGGUUGAAUUUAUUCCUACACAUGUUAUGCUUUUUGAUGAAGUGGUCGUCAUUGCUACCCACUUCCUGCUGGCAUCUCUGUCUGCACAGCAGGUAACCAUGGUCCUCCCUCUGCCUGCCCUCCCUGUCUGCCUGGCCCUGGUCCAGCUGCUCAGCCCCUGCUCAGCAGCUCAGUUUGCUGUGGUUGGACCCCGGGAGCCCAUCCUGGCCAUGGUGGGUGAAGACGCUGAGCUGCCCUGUCACCUGUCCCCGAACAUGAGCGCUGAGCACAUGGAGCUGAUGUGGGUGCGAUCCAGCCCCAGGCAGGUAGUGCACACGUAUGCACACGGGCAGGAGGACACGCCCGCAGCAGAGUAUGGAGGGAGAACUUCGAUUUUAAGGGAGGACAUCACUGCGGGGAAGGCUGCUCUGCAGAUUCGAGAUGUCAGAGCCUCUGACAGAGGAACCUACCUCUGUUAUUUCCAAGAUGGAGAUUUCUAUGCAACAGCCCAGGUGGAGCUGAAGGUUGCAGGCCCCCUUUUCCAGAGUGUGCAGGCCUGGCAGGUGGCCUUCGUGGUGACCCUGGUUAUUCUGCUCUUGCCCCUGGUGGGAGUGGUGUUAUGCCUGUGGCGACAGAAGAAGAAGAUCCAGGCCCUGUCCGAGGAGAAGGAGCGGGAGCGCGCAGAGAAAGAAGCAGCGCAGGUGCAGAAGGAAGCAGCUGAGGCCGAGAAAGAAGCAGCUCAGGCCGAGAAAGAAGCAGCUCAGGCCGAGAAAGAAGCAGCUCAGGCCGAGAAAGAAGCAGCUCAGGCCGAGAAAGCAGCAGCUCAGGCCGAGAAAGAAGCCGCCCAGUGGGAGAAAGAAGCAGCGCAGGCCAAGGAGCAGCUGGAGCGAAGCAUGAAAGAGAAGCUGGAGGACAAACUCAGGUGGAGAAUGAUCCCAUACCUACCACGUGAGGAGCGGUCUCAGGCCUAUGCAGACUUGAAAAUGGCCUUCUUCCAGCCUGUGGACCUGUUCCUGGACCCAGACACGGCGCACCCCGCGCUCUGCCUAGAGGACCAGAGGAGCCUGAAGCAGGCAGAAGCUUGGCAGAACCUGCCAGAAAACCCUGGGAGAUUUUAUGGCAAUGAGUGUGUGCUGGGCCGUGAGAGCUUCACGUCGGGGAGACACUUCUGGGAGGUGGACGUGGGGGACAGGGCGCAGUGGCGUGUUGGGGUGUGUCGGGAGAACGUGAGGAGGAAAAAUGGUGAUAAAAUGGCACCAGCAAAUGGAUUCUGGACUGUGGGGCUGAACCCUGGGCAUGACUACCUGGCUCUCAUGGACCCGCAGAUGACACUGACCAAUGUGAGCCCUCCCGCGAGGGUGGGGGUUUUCCUGGACUAUGAGCUGGGGGAGGUCUCGUUCUACAACGCCAUCGAUGGGUCUCACAUCUUCACCUUCCCACCCACCUCCUUCUCUGGGCCCCUGAGGCCUGUUUUCGGGAUUUCAACAUUUGAGUCCACUCCCUUGACCAUUUGCCCAGCGCAGAAAGCAGUGGGAACGUCCAUUGUGCCUGACCCAGGCCCUGACCCUUCCCUGGAGACCCUAGUGGACCAGGGCUCAGCUGAAGGGAAUGGGGACCCUCAGGCUGAAGAAACAUCUCUGCUUCCUGCUGCUCAGCCUGGAGCUGAGGGCCUCCUGAACCACAAAACUUCUCAGUAAGAAGGGACCGAGGAUGUAGAGGAGGGGCCAGAGGCCACUUUCUGAACCAGCCUGGGACCUGUGAGCACAGAGCAGACCCAACCUCCUGCCUCACACCUGAAGGGCCUCUGAGAGCAGGACUGUGGGAGGAAGGGGCAGGUGGGCGUCCGUGGAAUUUUUGUCACACGGUGGGAUCCAUGUCCAGACCAGGGACACCCACCGCUGAUCACCCACUGAGGUUCCUGUCACCUGUGGGUCCUGAGGAAAGGCCCCUCUUCUUCCUCAUCAUCAUCACUGUGACUGUUCACCAUGUGUCUCCUCCCCCCACAUGUAGGAGUCAUGUCACAUGUGUUAAAUAAAUUUGGAAAUACUCAA